AUGGACCCGACGCUUCAGAAGCACGGAGCUAAGCACGUAUACAAAGUGCCGGAAGGACUACGAGAAUUGUGUAGUGACAUUUCACGGGAAGUUCUUCGCUCCCAACCGACCAACAUUCUCGCCUUUAUCGCCGAAUACGUGGACACUCUUCUGAUCACGCGCGAGAAUACAAAAAUUGCAGUCAAAGUCGUAAACAAUAUUCUACUCGGAAGCGAGGCAAUUCUGAGCAUACUUUACCGGGCUGGUUUCACUUUGGAGCAAGUCGCGAUCGCCGCCCCACGGAUUCAAAAAGUAUUCCGCUCGUAUCUGGACGCGAUGGACUUGCGACCAUUGAUAUGCGAGGGUAAGGGGAGCCGUAUAAAUGAAUCGUAAAAAUAAGAGAAAGGAAGUGGCAAGCGUUAUU